AUGUUUCGCGGGGAUUCCCACAAAGAGGAUGUUGUAAGUCGUGCGUUGAACUUGGACCUGGCACUCUUCAUGGCCACCACAAGCGGUCACAAAGUCAAACGAUCUAAAGCCAUUCCGAUCAUAACCCCAAACAAUGUUGAGCAAACCUUUACACCUCUUCCAAAGCCCAGUACUGUACAGGGCGAAAUUGAUGCUAUCAUAUCCGCCAGCGCCUCAUCAACAGCUGUACCUGACAGGGAAGUCUCGAGUUCCAAUAAACAACAAGAAAUUCACAACGAGGGAGAUGUAGACUGGGGCUACGACAUAUACGCCCAUUCAUUCGUCCCUAACACUCUCAAAAUCAUCAACUCAGUACCGGCCGUUGUUAUAGAUGUGCCAGAAUACAAACAGAUCAACUUUCGACUCUACAUUGAUAGCUUCACAGCAAGUGCCUUCUUACCGCCAACCCCGCCUACCACAAAUCUUUAUGAUGACACUCAGUAUUCCACAAAACCGCCAGCUGUCUCCAUGCAAAACUAUGAGAUGUAUUUCAAGCACUACCUCCAGGAAGAGCUUUAUGCACUUCAAAAACAGUGCAAUGCCAAGAACCUCUACGCGCAUCCUGCAACAGCGACCUGGACAGGAGGGCCAACGGGGGCUCAAAGUAUGAUACACGUCGUAGUACCUGGUCUGAGAGAAGAUGAACCCUUACUAUUUCCGGGUGAUUUGAUCUACGUUCGUCAGUUGCGACUGAAUUCUGCAACAGGUCUGCCGCUUGGAAUGGAGGGCUGGCUGAAGAGCCGCGAACAGGGCCAUCCUGGCGCUCUCAAUUCAUAUGCUCCAGGAUUUACCGGCUAUCAGCAUAACGCACGUGUACAGACAGUCCUACGCGCUCAAGAGACUCUGAUUCUGGAGGUCAGUAACUUUGUGGUAGAAUCUGCGCCAGAUUUGAGACUCAACGUCAUAUUCCCAGUCCAGCACAGACUUUUCAACUCGAUAGCAGAAUUACUGCCGUCAAUCCAGGAAGAUCUGAAGGCACCUCUAUGUUAUCAUAAUCCUCAAGUUACAGGCCUGAAUACGACAAAGCCACCGGCAAGACUCAAUAAGAAAUCUGCUCAGUCUUCGCCUAUAUCGCCUCAAGCUACUAUGUCGAGCACCGAUGGACAGUCAACAUCACGACGGCAAUGGAUACAGUCAAUGCUGUUUCCAGAUGAUGGGGACGGUAGGCAGCAGACCGAACUGAAUUGUCCCACUUUCAAACAAGGCACUUACGAUCGUUCGCUUAAUUUUGAGCAGCUUAGGGCAAUACAUUCGAUGGCCAGGAAUGACUACGGCGAUGUGCCAUACCUGGUCUCUGGCCCGCCAGGGACUGGAAAGACUAAAACUCUAGUGGAGACUGCUCUCCAACUCCUCGAGGCCCCUUACUGCGGGUCAAUACUUGUAUGCGCUCCUUCCGAUGCGGCUGCAGAUAUACUUCUGCAACGACUGGCACCCCAUCUCAAUCCCGAGAAGCUACUCCGCUUGAACUCUCCUGCGCGUACUUUUGCCGAAGUCCCAAACAAUAUCCUCAUGUAUUGCUUCUCGUUGGACGAUGCUUUCGGUUUGCCAAGCUUCAAAGUUCUCAUGAAUACUCGCAUUAUUGUGACGACAUGCCGCGAUGCUUCGAUUCUGUGUUCGGCCAAGGUGACUAAUAGGGAUCUGUACAAUCUACAAUCGAACAUCAAUUCUGCCAUUCACCCUGACCAAGAUAAAAGCCAAAAAUUGAGCAUCCGUCUACAUUGGUCGGCGCUUCUCAUAGAUGAGGCUGCUCAGGCUACUGAGCCUGAAACGUUGGUGCCUCUCUCCGUUGUUGCUUCACCAGUCACUACUAUGCCUCUGGAAUUUCGGCCACAGUUCAUUAUGGCUGGAGAUGAGUAUCAGCUAGGGCCGCGCACAGCAUCCCACCAUAAGGAGAUUCGAACCAGUCUAUUUGCCCGACUAUUCCGUCGCUCAUUGUAUCAAGAUCAUCCUCUAGCCCGUUGUAAUACACGAUCUGCUGCCCCGAUCUUGACUCAGAACCUCCUUCCAAUCACCAGACCCCCUUUUGCGAAUUUGAUUAGAAAUUACCGGUCUCACCCUUCCAUACUUGCGCUCCCAUCUUCGUUAUAUUAUUUCGAUACACUUGAGCCUGAGGCCAAGGACACGGAGAAGUUGAUGAGUUGGGAGCACUGGAAAGGGCGCAAGUGGCCAGUCCUGUUCGCCCCGAAUACUUUUGCAGACGAAAUCGAGAGAGAUGGAGGUGGAUGGUACAAUCUCGGUGAGGCUCGACUUGCUUGCAACUAUGCACAGAAACUCGUAGAAUCCAAGCUGGUCGAACAAGAAGAUAUAUGCAUAAUGAGCCCCUUCAGCGCGCAGGUAAAACUACUCCGAAAGACAAUACGAGAGAACCCGUACCAGUUGUGGGGUGUAAACAUAGGACCGACAGAGGCAUUCCAAGGCCUGGAAAGCCGAGUCGUGAUAAUCUGCACCACGCGGUCCAAGAAGCGGUUCUUGGAUCAAGACGUCAGCUUCUCAAAGGGCCUGGUGAAUCAACCCCAGCGAAUGAACGUGGCACUCACCAGAGCGAAGCACGGUCUCAUAGUGCUGGGCAAUCGAGAAAUCCUCCGCGAAGACGACAGCUGGAAAGCCUGGAUGGCGUUCUGCGAGCGCAACGGGCUUGUCGACGACUCCGCCGUAGUCGCAAACGGUGUCUCAUUGGACGAAGGCGACUGGGAGGAGAGCCCGGACAAGACAGCACCCUCCACCCGUGACGGAACAAACAGGAUCCCCAGACUCGAGCGCAUGCUGAUCAUGCAAGAAGAGGACCGAAACAUCAUCCCGCAUACGCACCAUCAACGCAUGUUUGGAAGCAGCAAGGACGAGUCGGCGCGAUCAGAGGAAAUCUGGGCCGCUGGUAUCGCUGCCGAGCAGGCUAUCUUGCACCAACAAAGAAAUCCUGAGCAUCCAGGACGGAAGGAAGUCAACACGGAGGCAAAGAAACAUGUUGGACGCCACCGUUGAUAGGUUUUGCUUCAUGACUCACGAAUCACGACUGGACGUGUUACGGCAAGGUGUUUUGACACUCACAUGUAUGGCGUUUAUUAGAAAUUGUCUUCUUCUCGGUUUUGCAUAAACAGUUCAGUGUCGUCUCUUUCUAAAAGCACAUCAUGUCAUACAACGAAUACUAGUCUAACAUUCGCGAUCCCUCCUUGCGUGUGCUUACCAAUGCAUACAUUUUGGCGACGAAUGAAUGUUGUCAACGUCGCUAUUGAGGACGUAUCGUACCUCCAAAGGAAGACAUAAUAUAACAUAUGUCAAAGCCAGGAGAUCCACUAGUUUCGCCGUGCUCAAGUUCCUACCCAACAGUCUCCAACUUCCAGCUCCC